AUGUGGCGAAAACUUCAUAUUCAUUCACUCUUGCUUCUCCUAUUGCUUGAAACCGUAGCUGAAACGAAGAAGAAAAAUCUGGUAACCGAAUUUGUAAAAGAAUCAGAGUCGUCCAUUUUUGCUGGCAGUAAGAAUACGGAAUUUGCAAUAUUAAUCGAAUCAAAAGAAUCUGAGGAUUAUGACGAUCACCUAGACGAAUUCCAGAAAGCUGCAGAGAAAUUCGAACACAAGGUUCGAUUUGUAUAUAUCAACUCAGAUAUAGAAGAAAACUGGCAAAUAAUUGAAUUUCUUGGUUUAAUAGCGGAAGAUGUACCCGGCGUACUGUUUGUUGGCCUUAAAAACCACUUCAGGAAGUAUAAAGCGGAAAUGAAAGAAAUAGAAAAGGCAGAAAUAAUCUCAUUCGUACAGUCAUGUUUGGACGGCAAAGCAAUAUCCUUCUUGAAAAGUGAAGAAAUUCCAGACGAUUGGAACAAAAAGCCUGUGGUUGAACUAGUAGGGAAAAACUUCGAAGAACAAGUAUUUGAUUCGAAAAAAACAACCUUCGUAUUCUUCUAUGCACCAUGGUGUGAAGCAUGUCAAAGAACGAUGCCAGAAUUAGAGAAACUUGGCGAACUUUACAAAAAUGAAAAAAAUUUGGUAAUCGCCAAAAUGAACUCAAUGAAUAACGAAGUAUUCGGAAUACCGGUAUUUGACGUACCUACUAUAGCGCUAUUUAUCAAAGGAUCGAGAAAACCCAUUUAUCACACGGAACAUGAACGUACAGCGAAUAAUUUCUCUGAAUUCAUUAUGACAAAUUUGGAAAAGAAAGAAGAAAACAAUGUGGAAAAGCAUGAGAAAGAAAAGAAAAAGGAAAAAACCGGUGAUGGAGAAAAGCAGUUGAAAAAUAAGGAUAAGGAACAAGUUAACAGUAAGGACGAACUCUGA